AAAAAAAAAAGAAAAAAAAAAAGAUUUAUGUCCACUAGAAGAAACUACAUCGCGUAAAAGUAGAAACUACAUCGCUUAAAAGUAGACAAUGUUGAACCUCAUAUGUUUUCUAACGUGCGUCUUGGCUUUUAUCACAACUUCCCAGAGUGUGCGUGGGAAUGUCACUGAUGGAGACGCGUUUUUGGAGAAUAUUAUCCACUACUAUGGUGAAAAUAAUUCCAUUACAACAACGAAUCUUGAAGAUUUACUGCUGUUGAUCUCAGCCAGACGAUCUGACUUAAUAAGUAAGGAAAAUCCACUGGAAGAGCAAGAGUGUCUCUCUGCAAAGCAGAUCUUAUCCCAGUUUGGCUACAAUAAUGUCAGUCAGCUGACUGUGGAACAUCUGGAGAAGAUCUGCCCUGCUGUGUUGACCCAGGUGCUGCUGCCUUCCUGCCCUUACAUUGCCCCCGAGGAACUGCUUCAUGUGGACUACUCUGUGUGGGGUUAUGGGUUUCUGGCCGUUACUGUGAUCAACCUGGCAUCCCUGCUUGGUCUCCUGCUCAUCCCGUUCAUCAAGAAGCCUUAUUUCCCCAAAGUGCUGACCUACUUCAUUGGUCUGGCCAUCGGGACGCUUUUCUCUAAUGCUGUUCUUCAGCUCAUACCAGAGGCCCUGGGGUUUGAUCCUAAAGUGGAUCACUAUGCGACAAAUGCAGCUGCAAUAUUUGGAGGGUUUUACCUCCUGUUCUUUGUGGAAAAGAUACUGAAAUUAUGCCUCCGGAUGGACCACGAGCACGGCCACAGCCACUUCACACUUUCAGAGACAUCUCAGGAAAACUCUAUCCACAACGGAGACGUGGUGGCAACAAAGGACUCCAUCAUUUUAACCGCCAUCACCACCGUCGCUACAGACAAGAGCAGCCCAAUCCUAGAUACAAACGUGGAAACUUCUCAGGAUGCCGAGGUGCCUGAUGUCAUGUGCCGCUGGUUGCGGGGCCAGCGCAUCCGCAGCAUCAAGACUGUGGCGUGGAUGAUAACUCUAAGUGACGCACUCCAUAACUUCAUAGAUGGUCUGGCUAUCGGCGCUUCCUUCACAGUGUCUGUCUUGACAGGGUUCAGUACAUCCACUGCCAUCGUGUGUGAGGAGUUUCCCCAUGAGCUGGGUGACUUCGUCAUCCUGCUGAAUGCUGGAAUGAGCAUCCCGCAAGCCAUUUUCUUCAACCUGUUGUCAGCCGUGUCGUGUUACAUCGGCCUUGUGUUUGGCAUCCUGCUCGGCAGCAACUUUGCCCCCAAUGCGAUCUUUGCCAUUGCAGGAGGAAUGUUUCUGUAUAUCGCUCUGGCGGACAUGUUCCCAGAGAUGGACAGCAUAGCACGGGAACAAAAAAAAACUUCUACGAAGAUCGUUUUCUUCCUGAUCCAAAAUGCAGGGCUGCUAACCGGGUUUACCAUCAUACUUCUGAUCACCAUGUUCGCAGGAGAGAUCAACCUGGGCUAGAGGACACAAGCUGGAAAUAAAAAUAGAUUCGAGCUGCUUCUGUUUCUGCUCACAGCUCACAGAGCUGGACUGCAAAGUAAAUUUAAAGUGAAAUCCUGAUGUUAAAAGUUAAAACAAUACUUUUCUACCUUUGUACAAUCAAUAUAGUGGAAGUGUUUACUCCAUAAAAAGGGAAUACCUUUACAUCGUCAUGUAUGAAAUCUAGAUGUAUUUUAAGGAGACAAUAAAUUAUUUUUUCAGCCUU